AUGCCUAAUUUCAUGCCUGAUUUCCGGGUCGCAAUCAGCUUCAAGAAACCGUUGUCGUCCCGCGCCGCCGCCGAUGGCACGACACUAGACAACGAGGCGCCGGAGGCAUCCGAGACGUCUCCCUUACUCUCAUCGGAAGCCGAACACGGGCCGGCGACUGAGUCUUCGCCGUUGCUCUCCGAUGGCGAACAUCACGAGAGCGAAGAGGACGAAAGCGAUAGCCUAAACAGGUCUGCGUCAAAAUCAGAAAGCCGUUGGCGAUGGCCCUCUAUUAUUGCCAUCGUGAUCCUGGCCGCCCUUACCGUGAUGGUCAUGGUCCUUGGCUUCCUUGUCCCUCCAGCCGUCAAGUCGUACGCUGAGAAUGCUGCCGUCCUCGAGCCAACGGGCUUGUCUCUCGAAUCUCUCACUCCAGAUGGAGUUCGCGCCCGAAUCCAAGCUAGUUUCAAGUUAGAUGGCUCACGAGUCAAAGACGAUACCGCCAGGCGCCUCGGCAGGCUGGCUACCAGCAUUGUCAGGACGCUCGAUACCGAAGAGACAAAGGUUCGCGUGCAUCUGCCCACCUACGAAAACGCCCUCUUGGGAUCUGCCGUUGUGCCCCCAUUGAGCAUCAAUCUGGUUGAUGGACAGACUACCGUGCUGGAUUUUGUUGCCGAUCUCAGCCCUGGGGACGCCGAAAGCUUGCGUCAGAUUGCCAAUGACUGGUUAGAUGGCAAGCUCGAGCAAGUCAAGGUGACCGGCUCAGCAGCACUGAGCCUCAAAACUGGCAUUCUGCCUCUUGGAACUCACGAUAUAGUCGAGUCGAUGGUCUUUGAAGCUAAGCAAAUUCCUUCUAUUCCCGAGUACAAGAUUGACCGCCUCAACAUCCAUGAUGUUCCUACCGGUGAUGGUGGGCGGAUGGCCGUUGGUGCGAAUGCUUCAAUCGUCGCAUACAACGACUACCCAAUCGGCCUCACUGUUCCGCAACUUGCAUUUGAUCUCCUCGUCCCCAACUGUGACCCGUCUGAGCCCCAUAUUAUGGUGGCUACCGCCAUUACUGAGCCAAUUGAUGUGGAGCCGCAUGCUAAUGUUACUGUUGAUGCCAUUGGUCUCAUCAAUGACAUUCCCGAUACUCUUACUCGAGCCUGUCCUCUGACCAACAUGUCGCCGCUGGAUAACUUCUUCAAGCGCUAUAUGCACGGUGAAGACGCUCAGAUUUUCGUGCGAGGACAAGAUUCAGACAAGUCUGAUAUCCCAGAGUGGAUUCGAUCCUUCCUCAGCAGUGUUACCGUCCCAAUUAGCUUUCCGGGGCAGUCAUUCAAUGAUGCCAUUCGAAACCUCUCGCUCACAGACGUCGACUUCAAGCUUCCCAGCCCGUUUGCUGAUCCCAAUGAUCCGGACUCGAAAGCCCGUGUAUCCGGAACGGUCGAUAUUCUUGCGGAGCUUCCUUCUGAAUUGAACGUGGAUAUUGGCGUCAACAAACUCCGAGCCAGUGGCGACCUUUUUUAUAAAGGCGAGAAAUUUGGCGAACUGAACGUGAACCAAUGGCAAAAGGCCAACUCGAGCAAGACUAUCGACCCCGAGGAUGAGAAAUCGCUGCUCCGGAUCACCUCCAGAAUCACCAAUGUGCCCCUCGACAUUACCGAUGGCGACGUCUUCAGCGACGUCAUGGGAGAGCUCCUGCUCGGCGACAAGGACAUCCUCCUCGAUGUCGAGGCUCGUGUCGACAUCAAAGUCUCAACUGUACUUGGGGACCUCGUUCUCAGGGAUGUACCCGCAAAGGGGAAGAUUCCAGUAAAACAGCUUCCUGGUAAAUCGCUUACGGAAAUUGAACCACGCGUCUCCAAUUUGGUCAUUCUGAAUACAACGAAGCAUGCUGUUCACAUGCAAGCGUCGGUCAACAUAACGAACCCCACGCCUUAUACGGCCUCUAUUCCUUCUGCAAACGUCCACGUGUAUCACGAGGGGCUGUUGAUCGGAGAAGUCAUCGCCAAUCAUCUAGACGUACAGCUGGGCAAUAACUCAAACUUGGUCGUCCUCGCCACUUGGGAUCCAGUAUCUCUGGGUGGAGAGAAAGGCCACAAGGCUGCUGCACAACUCCUUUCCGACUAUCUUUCGGGCAAGAACACAACACUUACAUUCAAAACUCAUAAAGGCAGCAUCCCUGGGAUGCCUCUCAUUGGUGAUGCUCUCUCCAAGUUCAACAUCACACUGCCAACGCCCCGGAUCAAGCUUCCUGGCGAUAAGAGCGGCAAGCACCAAGGCAAAAACUUUGUGAGAGAUGCCAUCUUCCACGUUUUCUCCUCCACUGCCUCUUUUAGUCUCGCAUCCCCGUUGAAGCAAAACGUCAUACACAUUGAGAAGAUAAACGCUACAGCAUAUUACAAUCAUACAGAACCUGUCGGGCACAUCCUCUACGAUGAGCCGUUCGACGCGCCUCCAGGGGUGACGGAGACUCCGCGACUCCCCGUCACCUGGUCGGCCGAUAGCAUCGGCUAUGACAAACUGAUUGACGCAAUGGACGGCUCAUUGAAGCUGGAUGCCAAGGCAGAGGCAACAUUAAGGAUAGGGAAUUGGAUAGAGACCGUUCAUUACGAAGGGCGAGGUAUUGGAGCUAGGGUCCGGAUAUAG